AUGAGCGAGGCACUCAACGACAACUUAUUCCAGCGGCUUUUUCGCAUUUUUUCACAGUUUGUUGAUCGAAAUGUGCAAGGGACGUUUAAGCCGACGCAGGCCGAAUUUAUAAUCGAUGAAAUGCUCAAAGAGCUUCAUCGGCCGACGAGCCCAAAAAACGUGGAUCUUCCCGAGAACGUGACAUUCAGCGAGUUUCUGAGCCUAGUUCAGGCGAUUUUUCCCGAUCGCGAGGAGCUCGAAAUAACGACUGAACGAGUGUUUGAGAGAUUUGCGAAUCACGUUAUCGGAAAAGGUUUCAUAAUGUAUCGAAAUCUCGCCGGCCGCGCACCAAAGUGUUUUCCGUUCAAGAUCGGCGACAAAUGGAAAUUUGGCUGGAUUCUUAUAAUGCCCGGACGAGUACGAAUGAAGUCUGAGAAUUCAGAUGACGAAAUUGUGGUAAAUGUCGAUAAUGAGGCCAUAAUUGAGGUUAACACUCAAGAUGAUGAACGAUACUCAUGGACCAUUGUCACGGAAGGUCAAGAAUGGCAAUUUUCACAUUUUGAUCGAAUCCAGGCAACGUUGAUGCUUAAAGAUAUGCGACUUGCUCGCGACUAUCCGACUCGCGAGUCCCUUCUCGAUUACGAUUGGAAACGUUCGCAACGCGGUCGUCCGAUUCAAGACAAACUCGCACGCGAGCAAAAACGACGCGAUGAGCUCGAGAAUGAACGGAAGCGUCUUGUCAGCGAACUCGAAGAAGAGCGAAAGAAUCGAAUGGACGAGGAGAUUGUUCGCGGUUUGACGACACGUCUACUCAAACAGGAAAUGGAGAAGUCCGAGCAAAUGCAGCAAGUCAUCUAUGAGCUGAGGACGAAGCUUCAUGAAGAUCCGCAAGAGCAUGAAAUGGAUUAUGUUGAAGGUGAGUAUAUAAAAGAAAAAUGA